GGAAUGGCAUAUGACAGUCAGCCCCACCCAAAAUGUUUGGAAGGGACCUGGGUAGAUCUCCUCAAAUACAUCCAUGGAUUCCUGGAUGACACAAAGAAGAAUCAGCUCUUGUGGCUGCAUGGCAUAGCAGAUGUUGGAAAGUCUGCUGUUGCAUUCACUGUAGCUGAGAGGAUGAAAGGUCUAAAAGUAACAGCAGAGACAAACAUUGAAAAGUGGCUAGCAGGGACAUUCUUUUUCUCAUGCAAGCACAUGCAACAUUGCACGACUGGCUAUUUUUUUGCAAUGCUUGUCUAUCAGCUUGCCACCAACUUCCCCAACAUCUGGAAUGAUGUGAAUAGAACUAUCCAUGACAAUCCUGCUCUACUAGACCCAGACACACCUCUUUGUGACCAGAUGGAGGCCCUCCAGACCCUUCAGUCAUUUUUCAUGUAGAACCCCUGCCCCGGAUGUGCCAAAGGGUCAUAGAAUCAUGGCUAGCCAGUCCUCAGCCGGUGCAUGUAGAAUAAGUGCUGGCUGGUGUACUAUCUGAUUAUCA